AUGAAAGUAACGAAGAUUCUAGUAGUAUUUGUAUUCUGUAUUUGUAUCAAGUAUUCUGAAAGUGCUACAGCUGAAGAUGUUGAACGUCUGUUUCAAGAUAAACUCAGUAAAAGUAAUCCUAACAUUCGUCCAGUUUUAAAUCAAAGUAAACCAGUGGAUAUCACAAUAGAAGUGUAUAUUGUGGCUAUGACGGAUUUGAAUGAAAUUCAACAGAAAGUUGAGGCAACUGUUUGGCUGUUGGUCAAAUGGAAAAAUGAGCUGUUAACAUGGAAUGCAACUGAAUAUGGAGAUUUAGAAGUUGUUGAACCCGCUCCAGAAACAACAUGGCGACCCAAUAUUGCCCUCUCCAAUGGUUAUAAUGAAUUGAAUCCAAUUGGCCUGGAUUUUGUACUGUUGAGUUUAUACCACGAUGGCACCAGUGUCUGGAUACCUGGUCAGAAAGUUGAGUUCCUGUGUAAAAUUGAUGUCACCAAGUUUCCGUUUGACAAGCAAAAUUGUUUCAUGGAUUUUAUUGACUGGAGAGCAAUAAGUGAAAGUUCAACUUUGACACCGUCCGUAAACCAUGCUUAUGACACUGAUGUCCACCAUGCCAAUUCUGAAUGGGAAAUAACUGGUGAGCUACUUCCAUUCUCACCACAGAAAAGUAACGUUGUGCUUAUUGGUCACGACACAGUUCGAGUUCGCUUCACCAUGCAGAGAAAGUCUAUUAGUCUAAUACUUACAGUCCUGUUACCUGUCUUCUUACUUGCAUUUCUCAACGUCUUUGUGUUCCUUCUGCCCACCGAAUCAGGCGAAAAACUGUCCUUUGCCGUAACGGUUCUGCUUUCCCAAGCCGUGUUUCUCAGCUUCAUUUCUUCAAUGAUGCCCCAAACCUCCGACUCCAUCUCCGGCUUGUCAAUUUACAUCGCAGCGCAACUGGUUUUGAGCACCCUUUACGUUCUUAUAUCUUGUUGGAUUCUCCGCCUGUAUCAUCGCGAUACUAAACGGAGACCACUUCCGUCUUGGUUCUUGAAGGUGGUAUGUUUUAACAUGAGAAAUGUCGUCAAACCCUUCGGUGAUCAGGAUGAGAAAACGACGGAAGCGUUCGUUGACUGUGUCGCUACUGGUCGUGAAGUCAGUCAGAGAAUUGAUAAGGUUUGCUUCUGGCUUUUCUUUGUGGUGGUGGCGUUUAUGACAGCCUUGUAUGUAUUCGAAGGGUUGAAAGUGUGA